UGCAGCAUUUGAGGGACUGACCUGGCGGCUCGAAGUCUUCUGCCCGCCUUGGACUCUGUGUGUGCGUGUGCUGACGCUUGUGUGUAUCUGUGUGUCUCCGCAACGGCGAGCGAGCCUUUCAAAUUGUGAUCCAGGCACUGAGACCAGCCUGCUGGUCACUCAUCUUUCUCAACCAUCACAAGAUUUCCAAGGUGCCUAACAGCUAGCCAGUACAAGUGAUUGUGUGACCCUCAAGAGCAGCCAAGAUGACUUGGAACCUCUUCAAGAAGAAGCCGCAGCCGGAGCCCAUCAUAGCUGUUACCCCGGGCACUGCGGUACCCCAUAACCCUACCACAACAGUGGCACCAGCAGGGUCAAUGGACAACACAACAAAGCCUUCAGGCCCAGUAGAGAGCCAGGAGGAUGUCUUUGCCAAGAUUAAAGAAAAGUUCAUGAAUGAGAUAAACAAGAUUCCCUUGCCACCUUGGGCCCUGAUUGCCAUUGCUGUAGUUGCUGGGCUGCUGAUCCUCACCUGUUGCUUUUGCAUCUGCAAGAAAUGCUGCUGCAAGAAGAAGAAGAACAAGAAGGACAAAAAGGGGAUGAAAAAUGCAAUGAACAUGAAAGACAUGAAAGGCCAGGAUGAUGACGAUGAUGAUGAAGAAGAAGAAGGGGAAGGGGAGGGGGAAAAGGAAGAAGAGAAGGAACCAGAGAACCUGGGCAAGCUGCAGUUCUCCCUAGACUAUGACUUCCAGGCUAACCAGCUCACAGUAGGGAUCCUCCAAGCAGCUGAGCUCCCAGCACUGGACAUGGGGGGCACAUCUGACCCUUACGUCAAAGUCUUCCUGCUUCCUGACAAGAAGAAGAAGUAUGAGACCAAAGUGCAAAAGAAGACCCUUAAUCCAACCUACAAUGAGACCUUUGUCUUCAAGAUUCCAUAUCAGGAGCUGGGUGGCAAGACGUUGGUGAUGGCUAUCUAUGACUUUGACCGUUUCUCCAAACAUGACAUCAUUGGAGAAGUCAAGGUGCCCAUGAACACGGUGGACCUGGGGCAGCCCAUUGAAGAAUGGAGGGAUCUGGAGAGUGCAGAAAAAGAGGAGCCAGAGAAACUGGGAGACAUCUGUAUCUCAUUACGCUAUGUGCCCACUGCCGGGAAACUCACUGUCUGCAUCCUGGAGGCCAAGAACUUGAAAAAGAUGGAUGUCGGAGGACUUUCAGAUCCCUAUGUGAAGAUCCACCUGCUGCAGAAUGGCAAGCGGCUCAAGAAGAAGAAGACCACAGUCAAGAAGAAGACUCUGAACCCCUAUUUCAACGAGUCGUUCAGCUUUGAAAUUCCCUUUGAGCAGAUACAGAAAGUGCAAGUUGUGAUUACUGUGCUGGAUUAUGACAAGCUGGGGAAGAACGAAGCCAUUGGCAAAGUAUUUGUCGGCAACAAAUCCACUGGCACGGAGCUAAGGCACUGGUCUGACAUGCUGGCCAACCCACGCCGUCCCAUUGCCCAGUGGCAUUCCCUGAAGCCUGAAGAGGAGGUGGAUGCAGCUCUUGGGAAAAACAAAUAGGCAGCUCCAUACCCCAGCAUCACCUUCUGAACAUUCAAAGUGAUCCAGAGCUAUCAAUACCUCAGUUAGGCAACAUUUGGUUUCUGUUCCGUUCUGUUUUCUAAGCUGCAAUACCCUUUCUUUGAUGGCUGUAGAGGGAUUCUGGAUGAACUCGAGAGCAUCCAGAGGGGGGAAGGUUUAAAGACACAGCUGUUCCUUUUGCAUUCUUCAAAGUAGUUUUGUCUGCUGCAUGUUCCAUCGUCUCUAAGUGUCGUUCUCUUCGAGCGCAAAGCAAGCUUCGUUCUUGGGUUUCUCCCCAAGGCCACCAUGAAUAGCAGCACAAAGCAAGCUUUGCUUUUACUCGCUUUGGGAUCUUCUUCCUUAAGUUGGACCUUUGAAUACCGUGCUUGGAUGAUACCAGAGCCUGACAAUGUGAGUUGACCAGAUACACUGUGCUUGCUUUGGAAGACAGCAAGGUGCACGAAGAGGUGCUCUUGGGAACCAUAUGAGCAUCCUCAUACUUUGAGAUUGGUGGCCUCCAGCCAUUGGCCACCUAGCAGAGAGAACAAGGAGCAACUCUGGCACUGGAACAUCCCUGAUUAUGUGGAUAGCUGGUGGCUUAAGUCGCUCUGGUGAGGGGAGUGUGGUUUUGAGCAUACAAAUUACCGAAUACUAAUUGCCCUGUAUUAUUUAGGUAAUGCAGUCAGUCUUCUGCUCCCUUAUAGUUUUCAGUUCUUGAGUAGAACAGUGGAGUGGUACUAGGAGAUUAUUGGAGUGCAAUAACUACACUUGUGAGUUGCCACUCUUCUUUCCUAGUGCAGGGCAGAGCAUAAAACACACUUUGUUUUUGAAGGACAGCACCAUGGGAUAUUUAUGCUAGUAGCCUUACCAUGUGGAAAUUAGAAGGCCCAGCCCUGCAGGUAAGUCAACUUCCAGAUAGCGGUGCAUAGUGGGUGCAUAGUGGGAAAUGUUAGCAAGAACUUCAAUGCAGCUUUGAGACCUGAAGGAAACGGCAGCCCUGGGUUGGUUUGCAUACAGUUCUCGUCCUGCCUUGCACUGCCACCUCUCUCUUGUGGACACAGCAACCUAAAUCUGAAGAGAUGUAUAGAUAUUUAGCAGGAAGGCUAAUUUGCAUCCAUAUGUCAGUGGUAAGGCACGUGCAUUGUAUGCAAAAAGACCCCAGGCUCCAUCCAUUGUACCCUCAAGUAUCACUGGGAAUGUCCUCUGUCUGGAGAGCCACUGCCCAUCCGACUAGACAGCACUUGGAUAAGUGGCCUGACUCAGUAUAAGACAGUUUCCUACAUUCCUAACAUCUUAAGGAUUUUUUCAGCCAAAGGCAAGUACCUGUGUUUUUCUAAUGCUCUGAUGAUCUACUAGAUGGGAAGAGCAGGUAGGACAAGCAGAUUUGCCCAAAGGCCUACAAAAUGCUGUAUUGAUCUUAGAUUAAUUUAUCUAAUUUCUCAAUUAUGAGAGUUGAAGAAGCUUUUGGCUGGGAGCCUCCUCCUCCCCCCACCCCAACGUCACUCUUGGCUAAUAGAGGGAGCAUUGUGCAUGUUCGAGUUUAGAGGGCAAGCGAAUCCAUUCCAACCUAAGGACCAAAGAUGCACCAAAGGCAGCAGCAUCUCCUGUUCUAUAUAGUAUUGUCCGGCUGCCAAAAACAUAUAUGGUUUCUUUGCUGAUCCCAGAGGGAUAAGCCAUAUUAUCUUUGCUACCUAGUGUUUGCACUGAUCCCUGAAGGGCCUGCCCGUUUCAUUUGUUGCACCAGAUAUCAAUGUCUUGGAUGUAUUGACUCCCUGUUCAGGUUGUUGGAGCAGGAAGGAUGUAGACACUGGCACCACCCCCAGGCCUCCGUUUUACUGAAGGGGCAUCAGUCCCGCUCAGUUCAAGCUCAUCAUCUAAAGAAUACAGCAGUGAAUGCAGGCCUGACACUUUUAUGUUUGGCUUGGUUGUGUUCCAUUUAGUCACCAUGGUGCUCCUCGGACCUUUUGGUGGUGAUAUGGGUAAAACGGAUUCUAGCCAUGAAGAUUGGUUGAGCAAGGCUCAGGCUUUAUUCAAGUUGCAGAUUCAGGGAGCAAAAGGCCUCAAAAAAACUGUCCUGUGAGGGCAAAAUAUUUAGCCAAGGAAGAUCUCUUGUGCAAGCUUCUUCAUUGGCUUAGCUUGGACCAGAUCAGUCCUGCUUACCAUGAUCAUUUUAAUAUUUUGGCUGCACAGCCAAAAAGUGACUUAUACUUUUGUGUUUGUAGGAAUAGACAGAAACAGAGAGCACUGGUGGAGUUCUGAGCAUGCAGAAUAAGGCAGUCCCUGUGCUUCAGCAGCCUCCGUGGCAAUAAUGUCUCCUUUCCUAUUCUGGCCACCAGGGCAGGACUUAAGUACCAAUAUUGGCUUUAAGGUUCUCAGCUGCCUGUCAGCCUUUGCCACCUGUAAGGAAUCCUGAGCUUGAAAGAACAGCUUGGCUAAUGCAGACAAGGCAUAGGGUUCUUGGGUGUUGUAUGCUGACCUCCCAUGGGGUGUAGGUUUCUUUGAAUUCUUCGUUCCUCAGCUAGCUAGGAUCAGGCCUCAGGUCUAGCUGGGUGGCAGUAACUGCCUCUCUGUUUUGUGCCAUUCCAGCCUGCAGAUGAGAACUGAAUGUUCCUCCAUAUACAAAAACGAAACAAGAAUCCUGCCGUGUAGAAAACUAGCAUGACAGAAGGCAUCUCCUUUCCUGCAUAGGUUUGUUGGUUUGUUUGUACAGAGGAGCAUUCCAUUGUGUGAGCUUCCCCUUUCGAUCUCAAAUGGUACAGCCCAGAAAUUAGGCCUUAGAAAUAGGUUGUUCCUGCCCAAAUGGGCCAUUGCGAGCAGAGUAGUCCCAGGAUCAUUCAUGUCCAGGCAGAGCUAAACCACUUUGGUCCUAGGGGCGAGUAAAUACCUUGAUGUUAAUGCACUUUGGGCCUUGGCUCUGCUCCUUUUUCUUCCUCACCAACUUUACUACAGAGAUGGAAAGGGAGAGCCAUCACAAGGUGCUUUAAAAUGCUCUAGAGAUGUGAAGGAAAAAAGUGGGAGGAACUCUUUAAAGGUCUUCAGCAUGCUUCCCUGCAGGUUUCCUUCUUGGAUUAAUCAACCUGUAAAAGCUACAAUUGCAGCCCUGUUCACUCUGCACAUUGCUACCAUGGUAUUACCACCUGUGGGUUGUGCUCCGAGCCCCAUGAAGUGAGACCUGGGUUUAUUUAUUAAUCAGACCUGCAGGACCAUAUGCAAUAGUGCCUAUGCUUAAUCAGAAAAAAAGAAAAAAAAAUCACUGCAGCAUCUCUGAAAAGAUAGCUUUGGUACUGGUUUGUUCUUCUUUUUUUAAAAAAAACACAACACAAAUAAGUCCAUCCCUACUUAAGGGUACAUUAAAUUUGUUCCCAAUUAAGGGUAGAUAAAAUUUGUGCCUCUCUUAGCUUUUAAUGCUGCCACUGGCAAGGAUAGGGUUUUAAGGCAUCCUUGCAGAAGGAUGUCCUUGUUGAGUUCUGAAUCUGUCCAUGAGAUUCUUCUUCUUAAACUAGAACUGGCACCAUCCCUAAUCAGAUGCCAUCGCAACAGCACCACUGCAGUGCCAGGAAGUCCCAAUGGCAGGGGGAAGGACCACAUGUUUCUGUCCACAAAGAUCAAAAGGUGCCUUUGCAGGUUGUAAGCAUGGUGGAAUAAUGAGCUCUUCAUCCCUCAGAGAUUCUCAUGAGGUUCUGCAAUGUCCUGCUUUCUUAAAUAGUGGGUGAGCACUGGAAUCUAUGGGUGUGCGUGCAUUUGUGCCAGUGUGCCAGUCUUUGUGUACAGUUCCUAGUCACUGCAGGCAUCUAUACAUUUGGAUAAAGGCUGCCAAACCAAUUUGUAUUAUUUUGUUACAGUGAAUCACAGUGCUGGUUAUCUCCCCAGGUUAUGCUUCUUUUGCCUCCUCUUACCUACAGCUGUAGAACCUAACGCCAGUUCUCUCCCAGAUCCACCACCGUUCGGUGGGAUUACUUUGCUUUGAUCUGCAAAAUAUUAACAUUUAUAACUGUUUCUAGUGCAGAAGCCCUGUUAAGUCUGUUGCAACGAGAGCAGCAGAGAGUCUUUUUUCACCUUUAAAGCCCAAUACAUUUAUUAUGGUGCAAACAAAUAUGGGCCAUAAUAUAAAUUUUGUUGAUUUGCCACUGUGUGAUGUUAUGUCAAGCUUGCAAACGUCACUUCCUUCCCUGGAUUGGCAAUUCAUGCUUCUAAACAGUGUCACUUGAGGUUUACCGGUUCUUAAUUCACACUAAAGGUAGGUAGGGGUGUGUGUGUGUGUGUGUGUGUGUGUGUGUGUGUCAGAAUCUAUGUGGCACUCCAAAUUGACAAUCAUGCAAUGGCUGCAAAAUUCAUAAAGUUGGAUAGAGAGCUGCCUUUUUGUGAAUGGAAAGGACUGGAAUUCAGCAGAGGCUCUUGCUGAAAGGAAUUGGGGCAAUUUUCACCAUUCCCCACCUUCCAUGUCCUCUGGAAGAGCUUUUCAGGGGGAAGUCUGAAGCCUGGCCUCCUGCAGUCUUGAAUGGACUUCGGCUUGUGGGAAGUCUGGAUCCAACUCAAUAGCUUAAAUUUACCUUGAGUUAGCAUUUAUAUUGCCAAUUCACAUGUGGCUAUAAAGGUGAUGUCUACGUAAACGGAUGGCAGUAAGAUACAAAGUAAUCUAUAGCCCCAUAAGAUACUAUGCAUGUGGAUGCAUAUAUCUAUUGAUAUUUCAAGAGGCAUGUAGGUGAGCAUUGCAUUGAAGAUGCCUUCAUAUCAAUAGUGGUUGUGGGAAUAGAUUAAUCUUACUGAAUUAGAACAAAUAUGUUUGAAGAAUUUGUAUUUUUGCAAGCAAAAAGGAUCAGACCGCACUGCAAAAUGGCAACAUCGCCACACCAACCCAGUUCUGGUAAUCUUCUCCUGCUGAUAAACGAUCCAGGGUGUCCUCUUUGAAACCAAUGAUGUGGAAAUAUUAGCACUAAGAACCAGGUCAGAACACACAGCCAUUAAUGAAUGGUGUCUCCAACUUCUACAGUUCAAAAUGGGGGAGCUGUAACUUUAAUACACAAUAUAAAUGUAUUUGGGUUUUAAUUUCUUUUUCUAUAAAGGGGGAGAAAAAGUGAACCAACUCAAGCCAUCUGAGCCUCAUCCAAAUCCCAUCAUUUGUGUGUACUUAUAUAUAAAAUGAUAUAGAGAUCUAUUAACAUAAACGAAACCCUCUUGUAAGCAAUGCAUGAUGCCUAGCCAGUAUGUAAGUAGCAGCAGCAGCAGCAUGCAAAGAGCAGAACCCAUAGACCAUGUGUGUCAUUGCCCAUUUUCUAGAAUACAGUCAGGCUACAGAGUUAUUUUUAAAAUGUGGUGUGAAUGAAUUUAUUUUACCUAAUAAGAUUGGGGCGGGGGGGACUGUAAAAAAAAUUAAGAGAGAGAGUGGUUGUAACAAUGUAAGUUUAUUUUCAAUAAAAAGUAAUAAUUUUUUAAUAAAAAAGCAACAAAGCAUGCCUGAUCCAUUAAAAAAUAUUCAUAGAAGCAUUGUAUGGGGUGGGGUGGGGGAUACGAUAACAACAAUAUGGCAGUGGAUUUCAUCAGUGUGUUGUAAUCUAUAUUUACAAAACUGUAACUUGUUGCAUUUUUACCAUGUCCUAGUAGCAGCAACAUUGCCGCUUCAAUGUUCCGUGUCGUGCUGAAGCAUUUCACUGUUGAAGCAAAUUUAGAAGCCAUAUUAGAUCACAGGCUGCCAGGAUCCUGAAACUGGGAUUGGCUGACAGGUGAUCCCCAGUCUCUCCUCUCCCUCGCUAAUGUUUCCCUGCCUCCGUCUUUGUCUAUCGUGCUGUCUAUGUCUUACGUCAUUCCUGCGGACGUUUGUGGGUGACAGAGACCCAACUUGGAGGCUGUGGCCUCACUUUGGGUUGGAGCUCUGAAGGAAAGCCGUCAAGUAUAUUUCAACACUGGCUGUGAAUAACAUUGUUCUAAAGUUCUUUCUUGCUCAACAGUCAGGAUUAGCUUCAGCAUUUGGGGCAGCCAUUCAGGGGUCAAAACACCCUGGCAGAUAACACCAGUGCUGGUGUCUCUUUUAACCCCCCUUGUCCACCCAUCUUCCUCAGUUGAAGGCUUAUCCAGUGGCAGUGGAUGGAUCUGAGAAGCCCACUGUUAAUACUUUCCCAUGAUGCCCUGGAACACUCAACAUAGCAUUAUGGGAAAAUUUAAUGGGAGGCUGCUUCCUAGCCACAGCAACUGCUACCAGAUAAGCCAAUAGUUUUUUCUUAAAAACCACAACUGGAGCAAUGGGCAGGCAUGGGGAAGGUCCAUAGUUCCUGUGUCAGCAUGAUGUGCUCAUCUAGAGCAGGAGCAGCUAUUGCAGAACCCUCUGGGUGUUUUCAGACUCCCAACUCAAUCAGUCUCAGCCACCUUGACCAAUGGUCAGGCUGUAGUGACGGCUGGAUGACACCAUGCCCAGAGGAAGUUUUGGGUAGUGGAUGGGAAGGACUCUUACAGAGUAGUGCUCACCUUGGGGAGGAGAAAAGGAACUGGGAUAGUUUAUUUCAAGCUAGUCCAGACAUUGACCCUGUUUAGGCAAAACUCUCACAUCUUCUUUGAAUGCAUGUUUAGCAGAGCAGGAAGGGGCACACCAGCAUUGGCUGUGAAUCCCCAACAUGCAGUUAAAAGUCUGAAAAUGGCCCAUAGAUACAUGGCAGGGCUUCACAGGAACCUUAUCUGGUCAAGCAUUUCCCAUUGUGUGUUCACUGCCAGUGAGGUUUUGUCUGAACAAGGGGCUGUCUGUGGGAAAAAAGGGAAAUGAUGGCAUCCUCAAGCAAUGAGAUUGCUGGGCCCUUUAGGCUACUUCUGUAACACACAGUUCUGAAAGAAAUUAUAGGACUCUUUUUUUAAAAGCCUCUCUUCCAAGCGAUUGUUGAUCCAAGUUUUCUGGCCAUAGCACCACUCCAUGAGGCGUGUGUUGUGAAUGAGCUUGGCAAAAGAAAAAAGCACAGUGUGAACUGGGCUUUAUCUCAGCUUAUCACCAGCACUAUAAAACUGCAGAAUGACAUCAAAAAAGCAGCAGAUAGCAGGAACGUUAUGGAUGGAUGGAUGGAGUACAGAUUUGGACAUGACGACCCAGGUCACAGCAGGCUGCUAAAAUCUGCUCCUAUCCUUCAUGCAGGUGGCAAAAUGGGAUUGUUAAAGGCAGCACCUCAAGGAACAGUUUGAAAAGUUGGCAAGUCCAUUUGAGGUGUAGCAGAUAUACAGAACAUAAACUCAAGAGGUGGCCUACAUGAUACACACCCACACAUCCAAAAAAGGCUAGAGAAAGGCUUCAGACCUUCUGAGGCAAGGCUUUUGCUUCCUUUGCCUUUCCUUCCAGCCAGACCCUCUGUCACAUACAAACGUCCUGAACCAACUCAUUUCUUGGCCCCACUUCAUUCCCACCAUUUCUGGUGCAGCCUGAGCUCUGCAGCACUGACCUCCAACCCCCCACCCCUCUCUGCAGGAAGCUGCUUUUAAUGCUCCCUUUCCUGUCCUCAUGUGGACCGUUUCUGUCUCUAUUGUUAAAUUGUUAUUUUGUAAUGAUAUGCGUCUCCUUAUUAAAGAAACUAGC